AUGGUAUCAGACCAUUUACCUGGGAAAAUGACUUUCACUGACUCAGUAACCAUUUUGGAAACAAGGAUCAAUGGAAUGCAAUCACAGUUACAAGAAGAUCUUGGGCGGAAAAAGAUUAAUCUUUUAUCUUGUUCUUCUCUGAAGUCCAUAAACCAAUUUAUUCCAAGUCUGGGCCAUACCAACUUGUUCUUCAGUCUUAGAGGUUCGAGGAAAGCAUCUUGCUCCAAAAGGGCACUUGUGAUUCAAUUAAGCUACAGUUAUGGUGGAAGGCCAAGCAGCGUAGGCAUCUUUAUUGGUGGUUUUGUUUUGGGAGGAUUAAUGGUUGAAACCCUCAGUUGUGUGUAUGCACCUCAGAUCAGCAAGACUUUAGAUGGUGCCGAUAAAAAGGAUCUCAUGAAGAAAUUGCCCAAAUUCAUCUAUGACGAAGAAAAAGCAUUGGAGAAGCAAUACCAGAAACUAGCCGAGAAGAUUGAACAGCUCAACUUUGCUAUAGACAAUGUAUCCACUCAGCUGCGGUCAGACGACCCCCCAAAUGGAGCAGCUAUUAACUCAGAUGAAGUUGAAUCUGUUGUUUAA